AUGGCGAUAUUCUAUUCUGGUGCGUCUGCUGCCGGGGCUUUCUCCGGUCUCUUGGCUUUCGGUAUUGGUCAGUUAGACCACACCUGGGGCUAUCGGGGAUGGAGAUUUAUAUACGGCAUUGAAGGGGUUUUUACUGUCCUCCUUGCCAUCGGCGCCUUCUGGUUCGUCCACGACACGCCGGCCAAGGUGGGCAAAUGGUUGACGCACGAGGAACGGCAAUUCCUUCUUCUUCGCCACAAGUAUUCAGCCGGAGGCGAGACCGGCGUUGCAGAAAAGUCAGAAUUUUCCUGGAAACAGGCUGCAAUGGCGUUCAAGUCAAUCCACAUCUACGCAGUCGCGCUCAUCGAGUUCACACUGUGUGUCACAGUAUACGGCUACUCAUUUAUUCUGCCGACCAUUAUUAACAACCUGGGCUACGAUGCAGCUGAGGCGCAGGCCAUGACUGUUCCCCCCUACGUCUUUGCCUGCUUGAUAACCGCGUUCUCCGGUUGGGCGGCGGAUAGGUACCAGCAGCGGAUGCUUUCUGUUCUUCUUCCGAAUCUGACGGCGCUCGCGGGUUUCAUUAUCAUGAUGGUUAGCGUGAAUUGCCCGUCUGUUCCUGGUGUCACACUGUUCGGCGUGUUCCUUACUACCGGAGGCUUGUACCCGAUCUCACCUGCGGUCACGGCGUGGAUCUCGCUGAACUGUGCGGGUACGAUGAAGCGAGCUGUUGGGAUCGCUGCCAUGAUCAGUUUCUCGCAACUCGGAGGCAUUGUCGGAUCGAAUAUCUACAUCUCCAGCCAAGCACCUACAUACCCUGUCGGAUUUGGAAUUAGCUUGGGGAUGUUGGCCGUCUUCGGUUGCAUUUGGCCCGUGAUCUACUAUUUCAUUUUGAAGCAGAUCAAUGCUACGCGGGGUGCUAUGGAUGAGAAUGAGAUUCGGGCGAAGUAUACCGAGGAGGAGUUAUCGGAGAUGGGUGAUUUGAGCCCUCUGUUUAGAUAUGCGACUUGA